AUUGUUCCUGUAGAUGCAGCUGAGAGUCUGACAGUCUGACACAAGGUGACAAGAUAUUAUUUCAAUUCAACAUGGCACCGCAGGAAAAGGAUGCCGAGGCCGCCUCGGAAAUUAUGGAUGAUUCGAUGCAACAACUUGGAACCAGCAACGAAGGAUACCGCUGCGACGGUGGUGAAGACAAGGGAAAAGCUCAGGAGAGCAAUGGCGAUGUCAAGUUUACCGCGCUGGACGUGGACGAUGAUGGCCAUGCUAAGACCAACGGCCGGGCCGUCACGGACGUGGAGAAGCCAACGGGCGCGGCCGGCCGUGAUCGGUGGGACCGCAAGGCGGAGUUUGUUCUUGCCUGCAUCGGCUACGCUGUGGGCCUGGGUAACGUGUGGCGGUUCCCCUACCUGUGUUUCAAAAGCGGUGGAGGUGCGUUUCUGAUCCCCUACUUCAUCAUGCUGAUCCUGUGCGGCAUACCCUUGCUGGUCCUGGAGUUUGGCUUGGGACAGUACGUCCGCGCUGGUCCCCUGGAAGCCUUUCGCAAGAUUUGUCCCAUCUUCAAAGGCACUGGACUGGCCACCGUCAUGAUCUCCUUUGUCCUGACCACCUACUACAACGUCAUCAUAGCCUGGGCCCUCUUCUACCUGUUUGCCUCCAUGCAGAGCGAGCUGCCCUGGGACUCGUGCGGCAACUGGUGGAACACGCCUGACUGCUUCUCCCACGAUGACUACCAGAAUCUGAACGGCACCGUUAAGCCAAACGACACCGUCUCCUCAACUGAGGAAUACUUCAACCAUCGCGUGCUGCAAAUCAGCGACGGCAUCGGUAACGCUGGGGAGAUGCGCUGGGAACUGUUGGGCCUGCUCUUCGCGGCCUGGGUCGUUGUGUACUUGUGCCUCUUCAAGGGACUGAAGACCUCCGGCAAGAUUGUCUACUUCACUGCCACCUUCCCCUACCUUGUUCUGCUGGUGCUCUUCAUCAACGGUUUGCUCUUGGAGGGCUCACUCGAAGGAAUCAAGUUCCUGUUCAUCCCGAAGUGGGAACAGCUGUUGGAUGUUAACGUUUGGGUUGCAGCCGCAGCUCAGAAUUUCAACUCCAUCGGCAUUGCUUUUGGGUCCAUGAUAGCCUUCUCCAGCUACAAUGACUUCCACAGCAAAACGAUCUUUAGGGAUACGUUCAGCAUCACUCUGACCAAUAGCUUGACCAGCCUGUUUGCCGCUGUCACCAUCUUCUCUGCCAUCGGUUUCAUUGCUCACGUUCAAGGUGAAGAUGAUGUGGGCAAGGUCAUCAAGCAAGGCCCUGGUCUGGUGUUUGUGGUGUAUCCAGCCAUCUUCAGCACCAUGCCAGCCCCGCAGCUCUGGUCCAUUCUCUUCUUCAUCAUGCUGUUCUGUCUUGGAGUCGACAGCCAGUUUGCCAUGGUGAAGGUUGUCAUUGCUACGUUUUCGGAUGGCCUGCCCAAGCUGCGUCGCUUUUACUUCAACCGCCGCGAGGUUCUGGUGCUGUACAUCUGCAUCGUAUCAUUCCUGUUGGGCCUCCCACACAUCACCCAGGGUGGAAUGUAUGUCUUCCAGAUCCUCGAUUGGUACAAUGCAAUUGUGUCUCUCUUCUUCAUUGCCAUCUUUGAGGUCACAUCUGUUGCCUGGUUUUACGGUGCCAAGAGAUUGGCUCGUAACAUGAAGGAGAUGACUGGAACUGCACCUAACAUUAUCUUUGUUAUCUGUUGGGUAUUCCUGUCCCCUGCACUCAUCCUGGUCAUCAUGAUAUUCCAGUUCAUUGACUACAAGCCAGUGGAGUAUGGCACCUACGAGUUCCCAGGUUGGGCCAUUGCCAUCGGCUGGUGUGUUGCCUUCAUGUCCUUCUCUUGUAUCCCACUGGGGGCGGUCCACACUCUGCUGACAACCAAGGGAAGCUUGAAGGAGCGUUUCCUGCUGAGUUUUCGCUCAUCGAUCGAUGAAGCAACUUACGGCCUGCAGUUCUCCGAACCUCAACAUAGCAACGACUUGCCUCCGUCGUACGAAACGGCCACCCAGACUGCAAAACUGUAAGGGGAAAAAGACAACAUCCACAUCUUACAAGGUAUAUCUGUACUCAACUGAACAGUCUGGUUCCGUCCAUGUAAGGCUUCAUGACAACAAAAUGCGUAAUUUCUGUACAAUAUCUUGAAAAUGUGGAACCAUGGAUAUGACGUGAUAAUGCUGUCUGCUACAGUUUGGAAAAAAAACUCAGUUUUAUUUAUGCGGAAAUUUAAAUAGGUGGUGAAAGUGUUUUGGUUUUGUUAGAGAGAGAUAGGUUUAACAAGAAGUAAGCAGUUUUUUAGAUCAACGUUUUGUAGCUCAAGCAAUAAUAGCACUUCUCAGUAGAAGCAAGCAAGAUCACCAGACUUCUCUAUAAAGUAUAGAACCUUUACACGUGUCUGACACGCUUUAGUACAUACGCUUGAUUCUUAGGUGGAUUUCAAACCAGUGCUGUUUAUUAAUGCUCUAUUAUUUCUGUAUCAGAAAUUCAUUGACAAAUUACAUGUGAAUAGUUUACAUAUGAUCAUUGCGGUAAUUAGAGCUUCCUUAAACUUCUCAUGUGCAUGCGCAUUAGAAUCAUGUUCAUGUAAAAAUGCUGGUGUUUAGAUUAAUUGUAAGCAAAUAGUUCUCGCUUAAAGCAUAAAGUUUGUAUCGAGUGAUAACCACAAGGCCUUUUAGUUCGCUAUUAUGUCAGAUAGAUAAGUGAAUAUCAAAAGUAUGUUUCUGUUAUAGACAAUUUUGUUUAAGAACCGCUAUUACUUUAGGAGUAAAGUGUUUCAAUUAUAACUUUUAGGUUUUCUCACUUUGCCUUCAUCUUAAAAAAAUGGUGAAAUUUUCUGAAGUCAGCCUUGUUCUUCAAUUUGUCUGGAGCCCUAAUUCCAGCAGUAAUGAAGAGCAGUGCUUAAUUUUUUUUGGGACCAUUACCAGCCUAUUGCAGAACUGACAUACUAAUACAAAGCAAUAAGUCACUAGUUUUGUUAGUUUACAGUGCCAAAAGUAGUAUAACUUCGCUGAAGUUUCUGCUACAAUCAUCAAAACUUACACUUAGGUAACAUGACCUUUUGGCCUCUUUUUAAAAUCGUUUAAAUUUAUGGAACUCUAUUUUCUUUGGAAGAAAUUACUUUAUGAGUUCACUUUAUUACGACAUGCAUUCAACGGAGUCGUCCAGAUAUAUUUACAUUUUACAAGUACCAUUUCCUUUUCUCAAAAAGUUUACUCACAUAAGUCUGCAUCUACAAUUUAAACUUGAUCAUGAUUAAAAAACUUGCUUGUGUUACUCAAUUGGGAAUAUUUUAUUCUCUAUCAACCUCACACACUUUUGGGAGUGCAUGUUGGGAUUUUUUUAAGUUUAGGUGCCGUGUAUGUAGAUAUUUUUAUCCCUAAGAAUCAUAAGUAAUCACUGUAAACUAAAAUUUAAAAGUUCACUCUUCAGUUUAAAAAUUCAAAGCAUUGAAUCUUUUGAAAUCUUUGAACUUCUGAUUAUAUUUAUUUUUUCCAAGAAGCAUUUGUACAUGUAUAGAUAUUUAACCAAUAUUUAACCAUAAUCAUUACGUUUAAUCGAAUCUUUUUCCAUUAAUUCUCUUGACAAAGCUCCAAACAACAAAAGUGAUUAUGUUCAGUAAGCAAU